AUGGACGUAGUAAACGGUCCGUCGCUGCGGCUGCGCGGCGGCGUCAACAAUCACAGUGACAGUAAAAAACAUGAGUUGAAUUUGUGCACGAGUGCUAUGUCUCUGGAAACGAAGCGGCUUUUGCCGCCGACUUCGGAGACUAUAAUGACCAAGCCGUUCCCUAUAAGAGGUGAACGUGCAAAUUAUGUAAACAUUCCCCACGUGAUUGCUAUGGUGGGUCUGCCUGCUCGAGGCAAGACAUACAUAUCAAAAAAACUAUCACGGUACCUGAACUGGAUAGGAAUAAAUACGAGGGUGUUCAACCUGGGCGAGUACCGACGGCACGCCACGACAGCGUACACGAGCCACGAGUUCUUCCGCGCUGACAACAAGGAGGCGAUGGCGAUCCGGCAACAGUGCGCUCUGGACGCGUUACACGACGUCUGCGAGUGGCUCGUCAAAGGCGGCGAAGUCGCUGUGUUCGACGCGACCAACUCGACGAUGGAGAGGCGCCGGAUGAUCCGCGACAUCGUCGUGCACAAGAUGGGCUUCAAGCUGUUCUUCGUGGAGUCGAUUUGCGACGACCCGGGGAUCAUAGAACAGAAUAUCAUGGAGGUGAAAGUGAGCAGUCCGGACUACACCAACAUACAGAACAUGGAUAAUGUUCUAAACGACUUUCUACUCAGGAUAGAACACUAUAAGGAGAAAUAUGAACCCCUGGACGAGAACCUCGAGUCCGAGUAUAGUUUCAUGAAGAUUUAUGACACGGGGGAGAAGGUGGUGGUGCACAAACACGAAGGUCAUAUACAGAGCCGAAUUGUGUACUAUCUGAUGAACAUACAUAUAGUACCAAGAACCAUUUAUUUGACCAGGCAUGGUGAAAGCAUACACAACCUAGUGGGUCGCAUCGGCGGGGAUAGCGAGCUGUCGGGACGGGGUCGGCAUUACGCCAGCGCCCUGGCUACUUAUAUCGACCAGCAGCAGAUCCCAGGGUUGAGGGUCUGGACCUCGUGGAUGCGACGAGCCAUACAAACCGUCAAGGACGUGCGAGCUCCUCAGGAGAGGUGGAAAGCGCUCAACGAGAUUGAUGCUGGCAUCUGUGAAGAGAUGACGUACGCGGAGAUCCAGCAAAAGUACCCGUCGGACUUCAACGCGCGCGACGUAAACAAGUUCGCGUACCGGUACCCGCGCGGCGAGAGCUACGAGGACCUGGUGGCCCGGCUGGAGCCCGUCAUCAUGGAGCUGGAGCGGCAGGGUAACGUGCUGGUGGUGUCGCACCAGGCCGUCAUGCGUUGCCUGCUCGCCUACUUCCUGGACAAGUCGGCCGAAGAGUUGCCGUAUUUACACGUUCCACUUCACACGGUGAUCAAGCUGACGCCGGUGGCGUACGGCUGCCGCGAGGAGCACAUAACGCUGCCCGUGCCUGCCGUCGAUACGCAUCGCCCCAAGCCUUCUGUGAUACCAGCGCCGCCCAUAAAGCCACCGGUCCCUAUCGUCAACGGUGACACCAACGGCGAAGAGAAUGUUGGAGACCCAUCCCAUUAA